UUCGAUUUCUCCUGAUCCGAUCCGUUCGAUAUGAAUCUUGAAUACAAAACACACACAAAACCAAGGCAAUAAAUUAAAUGGUACUAAAUGAUUCUCACUUUCUCUAUCUUUACUCAUCUUGACCGGAACUCCACUUCUCCCCUCUCUCUCUAUAUAAACCUUUCCAUCCCUCUUCUCUCUCCUCAUCUCUCUCUCUCUCUCUCUACAUAUCUACUCUGCAACUCUUCACAAUACUACACAACUCUCUCUUCACCAAAAAAUGGCAGAAACUCCUCACAAACGCCUUCGAGAUCAAGAAUCCCAUAUUGAAGACUACUCAUCAAAGCGCCAAAAGCCAUACAACACCAUACUUCAUCUCCUCGACGAAGAAGACCCAAGCCAAGAGCCGAGCCGUGAGCUGAGCCGAGACUUGUCAGCCAUAUACACAACCCUCCAGCAAGAACUCGUCUCUUCCUGCACCACCACCACCACCACCACCACGCUUGUACAUGAUGAUGACUUCGACUCUUUGCCGCCGUUCGAGGCGUCGGCGGCGGUGGAAGCUGAUGGCGGCGCCGGAGCUGAUGAAAACGACGGCGUGAAAUCUGUCAUGAGGCAUCUUUUUGAAGCCUCCGAUGACGAACUAGGGAUUCCAAAUACAAUGGACGAAAAUGUCAAUAGUGAAGAUAAAUUACCCUUUAGUUUACUUAAUGACUAUAAUGGGCUUUGGGAACUUGAGGACGAAGCUGCAAAUUACUAUACUGUGUUGCAGUCUGAACUUUUUAUGUAGCAAUUAUGCCCC